AUGAAUAAUGAAGCGACAGUUAAAUCAGCCGAAAAUACACCUGAGGCCGAAAGGAUUCCAGAGCCAGUAAACGAAGAUUGUUCGACACAGAAUCCGAAGACACAGCCGCAAAUAUCUAAACUGAAUAUGCCACUAAAUGACACAAAAUUAUCUCCACUGAAAAAAAAUCUCAACACCAGAGAAGGACAUCGCACCUUUGAAGAAAAUUACUACAACGGAUGUUCGUAA